AGCGGCUCACAUGAGGGGACGAGACAGCAGCAACCUCACCUCACCUGCCUGCUCGCCCCUCUCCCGUUCUCCGUCCUCCUCCAUCACAGGCAUUCUGCUCUGAACUGGACCAGAAUAUCAUCCCUAAGCUGGAGGAACUGAUCCAGUUUGCUGCCUCUUUUUCCAUAAACACUGCUUAAGGAUUUUAGGCAAAAGAAACAUGCCAUUAUGGAUUACUCAAAUCCUCCCCAAACAAAAGGAUGCAGCACUCUUGGGAGGAAGAAGAGAGAGAAGGAGGGAUGACACGCCUCUCCCUCAUACCUGACUUUGUUUCUUUGAGAGUCUCGUGCUCUUUUUUCACGUCCCACUUGAAGGGUUUGUUGAUGUUGGAUGGUGUCUAGUUGAGUCUUAGGAAUACUUUUGAGACUGUUGCGUUAUUUUCUUCUUCUUCCAUCUCUCCUGUAAUCUUUUUCUCUAACUCUUUGCUAGCUGUGCUGAUAAACUAUCUGAGGUUUUUUCAGGUGAAAUACCCCAGUCUUCUGUGUUCGCAUGAGUGUGUGUGGUAACAUUUGACCCGUCUGUGUAUGUGGGCGUACGAGGGCGACGCCUGUUAGCGUCUCGGGGUGCGCUGAGUGUGUCUGGCACGUUACUGCAGCAUGAAUGGCUAGCCUGCAAUCUUUAACAGCAGGGUGUGUGAAACAACACGAGUCCUUUGACAGUUUAAUGAGGUUAAAGCUUUCCACCGUCGUGAAGUGUGCUCAUAUCAGAAACCGGUUUGUUUGAGAGCCGACAUUUGGAUAAAGGGUGUAUAAAUAGUUCUGACAACACGAAUAGUCAUUGAAUAAUGUGAAACAAUUGAGUAGAAACAGCAAUUUUAUGUUCCUCAGAAACUAAGCAUGAAGUGAUGAGAAGGUAGACAGACAGAAAGAGAAAAGGAAAAGCUAAACAAAACUAGCAAAUUAGCAAACUGGCUACAAACAAGUUGCAUAUCUGUUUCUCUUGAACGGUAGCAGAUCUGCUGCCUCAGAUGUGAGUCUGCGAUUGGACAAAGAUUUAUACGCACCUUUGGACAGCUUGGUUUUCUAAUGUCCCACCUCUGCAGCAAAGUGUGCUAGCAGAACGACAAAGCAUUUGUUAAACUGAAUGUCUGAUAAUUACAUUUCGCAAACCACUGAGCACCAAAGGCACCCAACUGGUAUCUUAUUAAGAAAGAUAUUGAUUUUCUACGUGACAGAGUGCCAAUGAUCACUAUUAAGGGCUUGUGUUAUUUAAUUGAAUUUUCUUUCAUUGAUCUAAAUAAUGCUAGAUUUUCUCUCUUGAGGAAUUGGUUAAAGAUUGACUGUUAUGUAUAAAGCUUUAUUUCAUAAUCGGAUAUAAAUGCAUAUAAAAGUAUAAUCAGAUAUCAGUUCUUUUUUGGAAACAACUUCAAUUUUUUUAAACUCGCUCCUUCAAAUGCUGCUGUUCUACAUUUUUGAGCUUAUUCAGACUUGUAUCUGGUUACGUCUACAGAUGGGCAGCCAGUCGAGUGAAUGAUGUUUGCUGUUGUUCGCACCUAAGCAGAACUGUCAAAGCAUGUUUAUGUAGGAGUGCGGGGGACUGAAUUUUCCUCAAGCACAACUCUUUCACCUCACACGUUUAUGUGCAACCAAUUUUUACCAAUUCAUCCAGCAUGCAACAUGCAUUUUUAUUCAUCUGAAUGCAACUCUCACUACACAGUUCAGAGACUUUGGGAGAUGAGAGACUGACAAGAAACACCUAAGUGAAUGCAGAAGCUCAAAGAAGGAGAUACAAGAAAAAGCUGCUGUGAAAGUGGAACAGGUGGAGGGACAGAAGAAAAGCACAAAGUCAAAGCGAGGCACUUGAAAUCAUCUUGUAUGGAUACAUGAAGGCGUUAAGCAUUAAAACCCUUCUUUGAUAUCCACAGCAGUCGAACGAAACUGAGAAAGAAUCCAUCGAUUUCAGGUGUAACUGUGAGAAGUAGCGAGUGAGGAGACGAAUUGUGGCUAAAAAUCUGUAGCUACAGUCAAGAACUUCUCCUAUAGUUCAAUUCAAAAUGAAAAGACCUGAUAUUCAUGAGGGCUUCUGCAGUAAAAAAAUGUACAACAAAAUAAACUGCUUUGACCGUUGUACUGCAGUCGCUGUUGUUCAGUUUUCAUUGAAAACGUUGGCAAAAAAUGCUUUGUAAUUAAAAUGACACUUUUUGGAAGCAAAAACUUGAAAUGAAGCCACAGAUUUUGCCAAAUACUGUGAGGCAAAAGUAAUUUUCCUUCUUGGAACACUCGUCCUUGAAGGUCUCUCUUGACCAAACAUUCAAUCUAUCCAAUCAUCCCUCUAUCACUUUGGAAUAAAACAUUGGACGGCACCCACCUACAUGCAACAUUUACUGAUUUAGGAGUAAUUUGGAUGUACUCCCAGAAAAAGCGCUGGUGGAAGUGGCCUUGAUAAAAGCGUAGAGUAAGCACUGAAGCGUAAUUUCAUGCUGAAUUCCCUGAAUUAAGCACAUCAAUGGGGACAGGAAAAGAAGAAGUGCCAUACUACAACCUUUUAAUUCAAGCACAAAUGGACUUUUCUACAUGCUGGAAUUCAUUUGAUUUCACACUUCACAAUAGACUUGAGAUAUGACAUUUUGGACUUCUUGUGCAGAGGAGUUUUUUGAGUAAGCUAGGAUGAGAUGGACUGUUAAAAAUCUUGAUAACUAACUUCUUUAAAGACUUUUUUGCUGUAUGUGUCUCUGAAACGGAAAUGAUUUAAACUCUACGGCUCUCCCACUGUGACCCCAGUACAUUCAUAUAACUUAUCGUUGGACUGCAAGAGAUAAGCGAACUGUCUGUGGGCAUCUGGGACAUGCUGCUGUGUCUGAACUAGCGCAGCAGUUCCUCUGAGUAGGUGAUCUGAGCAGGUUCGUGGCCUGACGGUGUCUGGGGUUAGACGUCAGGAUGGGGUGUAACAUGUGCGUGGUGCAGAAGCCCGAGGAGCAAUACAGGGUCAUGUUCCAGAGGAGGCAGAUAAACGGCAUGCUGUGCACUUUUAAUGGGGAGGUGAACAGUAAAGACCUGUCCCGGCUGUCUCAGGAUCAGAGCCUCCAUGCGCUGCGCUGUAGGCGUAACAUGAGGUGGAGUCAGAGGAGGAAAGCAGGUGUGCCUGGAGCUGCUGGAGGGACGAUGGUAAUGACUGACUGUGUGGACAGCGGGACGCAGACAGAUAUCAGCUUCCAGCACAUGGUGACAUUAGGCAGACCCGCCCAUCACAACAGACCCGCGUCACCUCCUUCCCCUCCACUGCCGCCCAUGCCAGAGCCAUACCUCUUCAGCCAACUCUCUCCUAUGGACCAUGUGUAUUAUGACCCAACAGACUACUUUGACAUUAGUCAACAUGAGGUGGACAGACAAGAUGACCUGGAGUAUGAGGAGGUGGAAUUGUAUAAAUCUUGUCAGCAAGAUAAACUCGGUUUAACAGUGUGUUAUCGCACUGAUGAUGAAGAGGAUCUGGGUAUCUACGUGGGUGAGGUCAACCCUAAUAGCAUUGCUGCUAAGGAUGGCCGAAUCCGUGAGGGAGACAGAAUACUGCAGAUAAAUGGGGUGGAUGUCCAGAACCGAGAGGAAGCAGUGGCCAUCCUGACAAGAGAGGACAGCACCAACAUCUCUCUCCUACUGGCACGACCAGAUAUUGAGAAUGAGGCUGAUGAUCUGGAUUUGGAGUUGAGUGUGGGCCUGGAUCUAGAGGACUUGGAAAAUGCCUCUAACUUACCCAGCCCUCAACACCGAAGAAAAGCUAGCUCCUUGCUGAGUGACAUCAAUGGGAUCCGAGCUGGUCGGCCCAACUUGUGGCACACUGCACUCAAUAACAGCCAGGAGCUGGACAGCGGGGUGGGUCGCACAGAUGAAAGUACACGCUGUGAAGAGUCCUCAGAGCUGGCAGAUGAUCCCACCAGUGCAUGCACGACCAAUGCCACCAAUACACCCGGCAGUUUGCGCAAGUUUCACGCUGCUCAGCACGGAUGGGAAUUCCAUUACAGCAACGACUCACUGCUAGGGCCAGAUGGGGUGGGAGUGGCGGAUCAUGGGGUUCCUGAAACACUGGGCUCAGUGACGAGCAGAGUGCUGAUGCCAGGUUUAACUGAAGAGGAAUAUGAACGUUACAGAGAGCUACUGGAGAUCCGGUGCCUUUACGAGAAGAAUGGAAAUGCACUUCUUCUUUUGGACGGGAGGAACCAUGGCGCAGGAGGAGGUGAUUUUGCAGGAGGAGGUGUUCCUGUAGACAUGAAUUGUAAUGAGAGCCUGAUGCAGCACGAGAUUGCCCUUCUAGAUGAGGAAAUACGCCACCUGGAGUUUAAGUGGCGCAAUGUUUUGCGGGCUCAAAAGAUGCAGCAGUUGCGCCAACGCUGCCUAAAGGUCUGGCCAGCUGAUGAAGAGGACGAUGAAGAAAAAGGAGCAAAGGCAAGGUGUGGAGGUGCAGAGGCAAUCCACCAUGAACUGUCAGAUAUUAACGAGAUCCCUGAAAGGGAACGCUCUGACAAGGAGAGCACAAGCGCCUAUAAUACUGGUGGGGAAAGUUGCAGAAGCACACCUCUGGCAAGUGAACGAUACCCUUCACCCUCUGCGGCUGGAGAUUCCAGUGCCUCUGCAACCAUGCGACCUCGGACGCCACGUCAUAGAACAAGCACAAGUAGGGAUAAGAAUCUAAACUUACCUUUUUCAUCAGAUGCCAAGAAAAAGAGUGAAGAACCUGGGGACAACAGAAACUCUAAUCCAGCAACAAGGCUUCGGUCAUUAUCUAGUAAUGGUAGCAGGAGUAGGAAGGGUUUGGAUGGAGCACGAAGGGGGUCACAUGCAAAUGGGACUCUCACUACCGGGAUAGUUAAAGGGGGAAGGAGUGCAGAAAACAGUCCGUACCUGUCCCGACGCCGCUGCAGUACCACGCUGCCUCAACGCUACCAGAGUUGCAUGCAGUUGAGGGACAUGUCUACCAUUGACAGUUUAGAAGUUAGAGACACCACUGAACAGGUUCCUACUCACUCCAGCACCACACCUUGUGCAAACAGAGAAUCCACAGCUGCUCCUGCAACUUCUUUGAUUAUACCACCUACACUGCCUCCAUCUUCACCUCGAAUGGAGUGGAAGGUAAAGAUCCGCAGCGACGGCUCACGUUAUGUGGCUAAACGUCCGGUACGAGACCGUUUGCUAAAGGCUCGCGCCAUGAAGAUUCGGGAGGAGCGCAGUGGGAUGACCACGGAUGAUGAUGCGGUUAGUGAAAUGAAGAUGGGACGCUAUUGGAGCAAGGAGGAACGCAAACAGCAGCUUUUGAGAGCUCGUGAGCAACGGCGACGCCGUGAGUUCAUGAUGCAGAGCCGACUGGACUUCUUGCGAGAGAAAGAGAAGGAGCAAGACUCUGGACCCCAGGGACAAGCUUCCAUUCUUGAGCUUAGCCAGAAAAAAAGUAUGAAGAAACGCAGCCGACGCAUCUUGGACAACUGGAUCACCAUUCAGGAGCUCCUGGCUCAUGGGACCCGUUCAGUAGAUGGGAAGAAAGUGUACAACCCUUUGCUCUCUGUGACCACUGUUUGAUAAUUAGAAGGGAAAUGUGACCUUUUAACAAGGAGGAUUUUUGGAUUACAAAGUUUACCAGUGAUUUGCGGCUGUCUGAUAAAGACGCCUAGCAGUUAAAUUAAGAAACGAUGAUGGAUAUAAAUGUACAAAGAAAAGUACAAGACAGAAAGGCAUAAUGUUCAAUGAAUGUACAUUUUUCAUAAUUAACAUGAAUUCCGGGACCAGCGCUCUGUUCCUAUAAAUUGUUUUGAUGCUUGAAAUUUGAGUUACACUCGGACUGUUACAAUGCAGAGAUGGUCUUGAGCAUUUCCAAACCAUAUUAAAACAUUAAUUUCUUUCAUAAACACUUUUCAGCCCAAGCACAUUUAAUGAUGAGAAAAACAGAGCAACCAAAAUUAUUUCAUGUUCAAUUCAGCAGCCUUGUUGCAUAAUCUGCUUAGACUAGUAUUACAAAGUUAGUAAUGUCACUUUGCUUUUAAGACUAGUCUUAACUAUUUCAAAGAUCUGUUGCAUAAAAAGUUUUUUUUUUCUUCCUUUUUUGAGAACACAAGACUGCUAAUGCCUUGGCUAACUGCUAGUUGGUUAGAAAAGAUUUUCAAGACAGUCUAAUGUGUUUAUGAAACUGGCCCCAGAUCCCAUAAAAUUAUCAAGUUAAUCUGGUAAUUGGCUUAUGAAUUUGCAACUCUUGUUUGAGCACAAUAUGUGUGGUUUUCUUCACUGGUAAAAUUAAGAAAAUAGUAAAAGCACAAUAACUAACAACAAUUAAAGAAUGAGCCACUACUUGACAAUGAGUUGACAAUUUCAGAAGCGCAUGAAUCAUGUAACAAAAGAACCAAAAAGCAAAAGUUUCAGCACACAAAUAUUGGCACAACAAAUGGUAAUGUCAAACACUGACACUGUCCAAAGAAAAACAAUAUCUGCUUGUAUAUUUUUGUGGUACGUUUGUCAACCCUCAGGGGAACAAAUCUGACAUAAUCAUCACUCUUAAAACAAUUUUGUUAUCAGCUUGCAAAAUCACAUUUGAAACCGUUUUUCUCAUAUUGUAAAAAAAAAAAAACAUGCAUGUUGUUGUCCGGAAAAUAUUUAAAUGAUGUUGUGUGAAACUGUUGAGUGAAAUUGUUGCUGUGUCUUCUGUAAUACAGGACAUUAAUAUACUGUGUCCAAAUGUUCAUUUAACACCUUUCAGGUUUAAAAUGGGGGAAUUUCUGCUCCUAAAUGUUUUUGAAUAAAACUUUUGCAACUUGAAGAUCUUUGAUUUUCACAUAUUUGCAAAAAAAAAAAAAAAGAUUACACUUCAUGUAAUCAAAACACUUCACUACACAAUGCCUUUAGCAAAUUCAUGUUUGUGCCAAAUACAAUGAGCUGAAGAUGCCUUUUU